AUGCUUUUAAGACACUACACACAAAAUAUUGAUACCCUUGAGAGAGUAGCUGGAAUUCCUGGAGAAAAAAUUGUAGAGGCUCAUGGUACUUUUCAUACAGGACACUGUCUAGAAUGUGGAAAGGAGUACAGCCAAGAUUGGAUGAAAGUAAAGAUUUUUGCAAAUACUACACCUAUCUGUGAAAACUGCCCAGGAAUUGUGAAACCCGAUAUCGUUUUCUUUGGGGAAUCAUUGCCUACAAAGUUUCACAAGCUGCUAACUACAGAUUUUCCAAAGUGUGAAUUACUCAUUAUAUUGGGAUCUUCUUUGGCUGUUCAACCUUUUGCAUCUCUUGUGGAUAGGGCUCCUAAUGAUGUCCCCAGACUUCUUCUGAACCGAGAGAAGGCAGGUCAUCGUACAGGCAUGAUGGCUAUGCUGGGAAUGAGUGGAGGAAUGGACUUUGACUCCAAAAAUAACACUAGGGAUGUGUUAUGGUUGGGUGACUGUGAUGAUGGAUGUCAAUUGUUGGCUGAUAAGCUGGGAUUUGGAGAAGAACUGAAAGAAUUAUGUAGAAGAGAACAUGAAAAAAUCGAUAAGGAAAUUGAAAAAAACAAAGAGAAACCAAAACCACAGGACAAAAAAGACCAGAAAAAAGAAGUUGGACCCGCAGAGAAAGUAAAAGAAAAAUUGUGA